ACUCGCGGCGCUAUCCCGCGGCCGCAAGUCAACAGCACACCCUGCGGUCUCGUUGCUCCCGGUGGCCAGUCGUCUUACUCAAGAGCAGCGUCGGGUGCUGAGGACAUUGCAGGACAAGAGACGGCUAAACAAGCAUCGGUACAGAUGAUGAAGAAUGGCUUCUCGGGACCCUUCCUCAUCCUCCUCCUCCUCAGCAGUACUGUAUCUGAAAAAGGAUCAGUGGUGUGGAGAAAAUACAUUUACGUCCAAGAACAUCUCAACUGGCAAGAGGCUCAAAGCCACUGCAGGAGUUCAAGCACAAUUCACCACACUGAUUUGGCCACCAUCAAUACCCAGUCUGAUGAGGACAGUUUGCACUUGAAAGAUUAUCAUGCCUGGAUCGGCCUGUACAGAAAACAAGGCGGGAAUUUUGCAUGGACCAAUGCAGAUAGCACCAGCUACACUCUUCCCUUCAAAGAUGAGCAACAAAGCCAAGAAAUAUGUGUGACCGUCCAUUACAGUGAUUUAAAGUAUGAUGUCAGAAGUUGUGAAACCUAUUACUUCUUCUUCUGUCACUCUCCACACGAUACACCCUACCAUUACGAAUUAGUACUGCAGUCGAAGACUUGGGAAGAAGCCCAUCAGUACUGCAAGAGCAAGUUUACUGAUCUGGCCACUUUCACAUCAAUCCAAGAUAUAAGAAAGGAUGUUGAAGAACAAGUCUUUCAAGUCUGGACUGGACUCCACAGAGAUGGUGAAACUUGGAGGUGGAGCAGAGGAGUGUCUGACUUCAGAAACUGGGCAAAGGAUGAGCCAGGGAACAAUGGUGAUUGUGUCUCCAUCUCCUCCUUAAAAAAAGAGAUGGCUACCCAAAACUGCUCUACCCGAUUUCCCUUCGUCUGUCUCAGGGACAACCUGUUCCUGGUGAAGGAGAACAAGACGUGGAGGGAGGCGCUGGAGCACUGCAGAGCCCUUUGGCCCCACGACAAUUUCAACUUCCGCUUUGAGUUGGUCAGCGUGCAGCCUGAAGACCAUGAUCACGUGACGAACAGGGUCAAAGAGGCUGACACUGAAGAGGUGUGGGUAGGCCUCCGUUUCCUUGCCGGUCAUUGGGUGUGGGUGAACGGGGCGAGUAUGUUGUAUCCUGACCUCCCCGCCUGCCCCCCCGUUGAGCAGGGCUGUGGAGUCUUUUCCAAGAACGACAUGGGCAAAGUGGAGAACACAGACUGCACUGAGAAAAGGAACUUCCUGUGUUACAGCUCAUACUGACAUCACCACCAUUAUCUGCCUCAGGGUUGUCACUACCAGAGGUUCAAAAAGUUUACAGCAUUUGAAAACAUCAUUGGAAUAUGUAUCUUAUUGUGGAAUAACUUUUUGAUCAAAAUGUAUGAUUGAUCUUUUUAAAUGUUACCUGUAAACUUGGUGAAAUGUCCUAAAUCAGCUCUACAAUUUAACAUCUGCCUCCUAUGAUAUAUAUUUUUAUGAUGUCUCAUAUGAUUUAUGCUGUAUUAGCUUAGUAAAAUAUUAACCAAAUGAAA